GCUUUAACGCGGAACGGUGCAUUUCGGAGCCGUUUAGAAAACAAAACAAACCCUCCAAAAGACACACAUUUACACCGCCGAGGUGCUCGAGGACCGUAGCCGACCCCCCACAACCCCCAUCCAGCCCCCAUCCUCCCCCGGCCAGGGGCAUCCAGCCUCCGUGAACCGCGCUGGGAGUUAAAAGCUCGUUGUUGUUUUUUUUUUGUGAAGACGCAGAGCUGCUUGGGAAGGACGGACGGACGGACAGUCAGCCGGUGUGAGGGAUAACGGUCAUAACGCAUCGGGCCUCUGGGGGGCCUUGGCUCAUCUUCAUGUGCCUCCAUCCUCAUCCUCUCUGAGACUCUAAGCCCUCCUGAAGAAGCACUUUCGCCUCUUGGCCGCCCAGCAUCAUGGGGAACCGGGGUAUGGAGGACCUGAUUCCGCUGGUUAACCGGCUGCAGGACGCUUUCAGCUCCAUCGGCCAGAGCUGCAACCUCGACCUGCCGCAGAUCGCCGUGGUUGGCGGCCAGAGCGCUGGCAAGAGCUCCGUGCUGGAGAACUUUGUGGGAAGGGAUUUUCUGCCUCGAGGAUCGGGCAUCGUCACCCGCAGGCCUCUGGUGCUGCAGCUUAUCAAUGCUAACACAGAGUGGGCGGAGUUUCUUCACUGCAAAGGGAAGAAGUUCACCGAUUUCGAUGAGGUGCGUCAAGAGAUCGAAGCCGAGACAGACCGCGUCACUGGAGCUAACAAGGGCAUCUCCCCCAUCCCUAUCAACCUGAGAGUGUAUUCUCCACAUGUGUUGAAUCUGACUCUGAUCGACCUGCCGGGCAUCACUAAGGUGCCGGUGGGGGACCAGCCUGCGGACAUCGAGCAGCAGAUCCGCGAUAUGAUCAUGCAGUUCAUCUGCAGAGAGAGCUGCCUCAUCCUGGCCGUAACACCUGCCAACACUGACCUGGCCAACUCAGACGCCCUCAAACUGGCCAAAGACGUGGACCCUCAGGGUCUGAGGACCAUUGGUGUGAUCACUAAACUGGACCUGAUGGACGAGGGCACUGAUGCCAGAGACGUUCUGGAGAACAAGUUGCUUCCACUGCGAAGGGGCUAUAUUGGGGUGGUGAACCGCAGUCAGAAGGACAUUGAAGGAAAGAAGGAUAUUAAAGCUGCUUUGGCUGCAGAGAGGAAGUUCUUCUUGUCCCAUCCUGCCUACAGGCACCUAGCAGACAGCAUGGGCACACCUCACCUGCAGAAGGCCCUCAACCAGCAACUGACUAACCACAUCCGGGACACGCUCCCCGCGUUCCGCAGCAAGCUACAGUCUCAGCUCCUCGCCCUGGACAAGGAAGCUGAGGAAUAUCGACACUUCCGCCCUGACGACCCGUCACGCAAGACCAAGGCCCUCCUGCAGAUGGUGCAGCAGUUCUCAGUGGACUUUGAGAAGCGGAUUGAGGGGUCAGGUGAUCAGGUGGACACUGUUGAGCUGUCAGGAGGAGCCAAGAUCAACCGCAUCUUCCACGAACGCUUCCCUUUUGAGCUAGUCAAGAUGGAGUGCGAUGACAAAGAAAUGCGUCGGGAGAUCAGCUAUGCCAUCAAAAACAUCCACGGCAUCAGGACAGGCCUGUUCACUCCGGACAUGGCCUUCGAAGCCAUAGUGAAGAAGCAGGUAGUGAAGCUGAAGGAACCUUGCAUUAAAUGCAUUGACCUGGUCAUUCAGGAGCUCAUUAACACAGUCCAGCAGUGUGCUAAUAAGCUGGCUACGUUCCCCGUGCUGAGGGAGGAGACUGAGCGAAUCGUCACUACACACAUUCGGGAGCGCGAGAGCCGCGCUAAAGAACAGAUUCUGUUGCUGAUUGAUAUCCAGCUUUCAUACAUCAACACCAACCAUGAGGAUUUCAUUGGCUUCGCUAAUGCGCAGCAGCGGAGCAGCCAGACAAACAAGACGAGUUCUGCAGGAAACCAGGUUAUCCGCAAAGGCUGGCUGACCAUCAACAACAUCAGCAUCAUGAAAGGUGGAGCCAAGGAGUACUGGUUUGUGCUGACGGCCGAGAGCUUGUCCUGGUUCAAGGAUGAUGAGGAAAAAGAGAAGAAGUACAUGCUGCCCCUGGACAACCUGAAGGUCAGGGAUGUGGAGAAAAGCUUCAUGUCCAGCAAGCACAUGUUUGCCAUCUUCAAUACAGAGCAACGGAACGUCUUCAAGGACAAUCGCUUCCUGGAGCUGGCAUGCAACACCCAGGAGGAGGUGGACAGCUGGAGAGCAUCCCUGCUGCGUGCUGGGGUGUAUCCUGAGAAAUCUUCGGUGGAGAGUGAAAGCUCUGGCACUGCUGAGAACUUCUCUAUGGAUCCUCAGCUGGAGAGGAAGGUGGAGACCAUCCGCAACCUGGUGGACUCCUACAUGGCCAUCGUCAGCAAGUGCAUCCGGGACCUCAUGCCCAAGACCAUCAUGCACCUUAUGAUCAAUAACGUAAAAGAAUUCAUUAAUGCGGAGCUGCUGGCUCAACUGUACUCGGCUGGGGACCAGAACGCUCUGAUGGACGAGUCCCAGGAGCAGGUGCAGCGCAGGGAGGAGGUGUUGCGUACCCACCACGCCCUGAAGGAGGCUCUGGCCAUCAUCGGGGACAUCUCCACCACUACCGUGUCCACUCCUCUGCCCCCACCGGUGGACAGCUCCUGGCUGCAGGCCGGCCCAGGGGGCUCCCGCAGGUCUCCUCCACCCAGCCCCACUGCACCACGCAGAAUGUCUGCGGGUCAGAGGCCAGCGGGCCGGGGGGCUCCUCCACCUCCAUCCCGCCCAGGCCCUCUGGGACCGUUCAACAACAGCGGAGACAGCCCCCAGGUGCCCAACCGCCCAAACCGGGCUCCACCCAGCAUUCCAAGGUGAGUUCUUACCUCUGUCACAGGUAUGUAAUGGUGGAUACAGGGCUUUUCCACAUAACAGUGCAGUGUAACAUCAUUGAGAGAUGGUUGAAGGAGUGUUAUCUUAAAACUCUCUGAUGCUUAAAUGGAUGGUAUAAACAGUGCUAAUGAGGCUUAAGGCCCAGACACACCAAGCCAACAAGGAAGAACUAGCACCAACUUAAGCUGAUGAUCAGCUUCCAUCACCUCACCUUCUGCCUCUCGUCUCCUGUGAACAUUUGCGUAUAGUUAAUGCACCUGCAUAGCAGAAGCUGCAGUUGUCUGUAAAACUGUCAGUUUGCCACAUAUUAAGUAAAGAACGUAUUGUUUGCAUGUCUUGCAAGAUUCAACAGUGUGUGUUUAAGUUAAACUCAUUGAGUGAAAGUGAAAGUAAACCACCCUUAGCAGCACUGGGUGGGUAAAAAGUCUCCUUAAAAGUGAUUGUUCAUUAAACAGUUAAAUAAAAUGCAUACUAGGCACAUGUUCAUAAUAAUAUGACAAAUAGUUUCAAACUCCACAAAAUCAUUGCAUAUCUCAUACACUUUGUUUUAUGUUCGUGGGUUGUCAGAGCACCUUUAGAGCUUUUGUGUGUUAAAAAUUUUGACAUUCAAAUAGUGAAAAUACUUAAAAUUUCCAUUGUUAGUGAUAAAACAGUGAGACUAAUAAGACUAUUCUUUGGCCCAAUUCCAUUUCUUAUUUUUACCCCUACCUCUUGUUUUCGAGCAUCACUUUGCCCCUUGGAACUGACUUACAAGGGGUAGGGGUUGAAAUCUUCCCUACGAAAUGGGAACCUCAAGUAAAAAAGAAUAUUACUUCAUUAACAGGCUACUAGCACUGCUCUGUAGGCGACCCUGCCAGUCUGCAGUGAUAGCAGAGGAGGAUAAAGUUCGGCAACCUCACUGCUGGGCUUUAGUCACAUUUAGUGCAUCAUAUGCCUGCAAAGAGGAGGGAUGCAACAGAUAAUACUGUGGUUAUUGCAAAUUUUUAACUGAGAAAAUGCUAAUAUUUGUGGGUUUCUUUGGUCUCUUGUGCAGCCAUCUUGCCGUUUUCUCUUUUUUUUUCCUAACUCUUUGUUUGAAGUCUGAAAAACGUCCGUUUGGAGGGCCAUAUAACCCUAACACUUCGCCCUACCCCUCCAUCUCAACAACAAUUGGGACACUCUACCCCUAGACGUGAAAGUGCAAAAUGGAGGGGUAAGGCUAAGUGGUAGGGGUCAAAUAGGAUUGGGCCUGAGAGUGCCAUUUGCUUGCUUUGCUCUCUUUCAUUUCAUUUCUGAUCUGUAGCGCUGUCACAGCUGAUCACCAAGGCAGAUUCAGCAUGCUCAUACAGCCCAAACUGUCGGAACACACAGUCAGCCAGUGACUCCCUGACAGCCGACAGUUGGCUUGGUGUGUCAGGGCUAUAACUGUGAACAAAAGCCCAGCAAGUUAGUUGGGACAUUCUUUGGCGUGUCUGUCAGCCACAUUAGCACAAUCCCACUGCAGCAGAAUUGCUGUGACUGGUGUUUCAGAAUGUAGCUCAUUUGUGGUCCGAGGCAGCACAAGAUGAGCCGAGAUGAUGUAAGUAUUGAAGAAGAAGCAGGAAUAUGCCAAGGAUGACACGAGCCAGUAGACAUGUUAAAUAACCGAGCAGCUCACUCUGACAAUGCUGAGAUUCAAAAUCAGCCAGAAAUGGAUUUUAGCCGGUUCAUUUCAGCAGAACCUGGACCACUGAAGCUUUAGAUGGUCUUUGAAAUGUAGGACUGGGUAUUGAAAUUCAAUGUUUUUAUUGUACUGACCAAAUUACUUGAAUACUACCGAGAAUUGAAAAAGUCUGUGCCAUUACAAGCCAAAUUUCAGUGCCUAAAAAGUCAGUUUUGGCAUCUGUAAGCCAGUGGUUGGUAUAUUGUAUAGUGUGGGUAACACCUUUUGCCUUCUACACUGUAGACUGGGGUUUAAUCCCCACCUGGGUAAACACCCUUCCCCUACCUGUGUAAAAUGAUCAAAUUGUAAGUAACUCUGGAUAAGAUCAUCUGCCAAAUGCCAUGAAUGUAAAUGUAAACAUGCUUUACAAUAUCUAGACUGCUGAUUGGCUGUCUAAAUUACAUUCUCUAUGCAUGCUAUUAGCAUCAGUGCUUCUGGAUUAUUCUCCAGUGAGUUAGUCCAUCACAGUGAGUAAACACACCCAGCAACUUUUGAUGUAAGUCACACCUAGUUUUGCUUUGUACUUUAAAAUAAGGCAUCAGAAAAAGUAUCGUCCAGGAAUUUGUCAAGAUUUUUGUGUCAAAAUCGAAAAAUUGAUGCCCAGCCCUGUUGACUACUUAAAUGUUUAAAGAUGGUUUUUAAAUUUUGUAAAAUGAGUAGCAAUUUAAGAAUAAUAUGAUGCUCAGUUUUACUACACUGAUAUUUAUAACUCACUCUGAGCAGCUCUUGCAGAGGAAAGCUGAGUUGGCAGUAGUGUUCCUUGUGUGUGUGAGUGUGUUUGGCUCAGCUUUGCUUUGGAAAGCUCUCUGUGAGUGAAGCUGAGCUGCCUAAAUGAAGCCUGAGUCCUGAGCAGAACAGAGCUGCUUAGUAAUUUAACACUCUCAGUAAGUGGCUGAAUUCAGAUAACACACUUAAUCUUCCUUUCAGCAGAAACAAAUCUCAUCAACAGUCUUUUCCAGAGCCAAAUUCGGUUAAGGUAAAAGGAAGACAACUUGGCUCAGAAUAUUACUAGAGAUAAACAUUUAUCAGAAGUCUAAUAUCAUCAUAUGGUCUUCAAAGACAAUGUGUUGUUAAAAUGACUGUAGGAAGGCCUGUUGUACAUUUGCAAGCAGACUCAGAGUGUAAACUCUAGAUUGCAUUCUUACCUCAUUUUGAGACAUUGGAUUAAUGUUAUAAUGGUAGACAACACACACACACACACACACACCAAAAUAAACAUAAAAUAAAGUCUUACUGUUGUCGUACUGAUCUCUCAUUUCAUCUGCGCUCUUCAAGCCUAAUUCUCUUCCAGGCUGGUUCACUACAGCUCUGUUUGUAUCUUACAGCCAUUGCCUGGUUUAUGAAGGUGAAAUAUGAAGUCAUUAAUAACCACUUCUGAGUUCCUGAAUGCUCAGGUGGACCCAAAAGAAGAGUGAAACAUAAACAGGAGCAGGCUUCAGUUAUUUUCUUCAUGAGAAUUUCUAGGAGUGCCAAUAAUUGGGACACAUACUUUUGUUUAAAAAAGUCUUGAUUUGUUUUCUUAGAUAAAAAUUAUUUCCAUUAAAGGUUCGAUUUUUCAUAUUUUUAGUGUAAUAUUGAUAUAAUUGACCACAGACAGUUUUUUUUACCUUUUUACUCAUCUUUACCACAAUAUUUCAUUAUUUAGCAUAUCUCUUUUUGCAGUAGAAUGAGGUAAUAUAUGAAGUUACAUCAAAUUGUGGGGCCUGUAGUGAUUCAUACCCGUAAAAUGUGUAAUACUGCGAUUAUUCUGGAAAAUUCAGCGCUCACUGUUUGAGUCUGCACUUAUUGAAGUCAUCAUUUCCUGUGCUUACAAAGGCCAGGUGUGGUUCUGCACUAAUCUAUUCACACAGAUGUGUGCAUUAACUUUGAAAUUAAUCUGCCUCACAGCUUUUCUUCUUCAGCUAACUGCUUUUCAGCUUACACUUACUAAUCUCUCUCUCUCUCUCUCCCUCU